CUCCAAACUCCCUAAAUUUUGGGUUUGGGAACCAAAUAGGUUCCAAAAAGUCGUGUUAUUGAGGCAUUGUGGUGCGAAAACAAAUUCCGGGUGUUUAAAUUGAGUCGCGAGUCGUCUCCUUUGUGCAGUUUUUGUUUUUUUUUUGUGGUGAUAUGCGGUACGGGUGCCCCCAUGGAUUAUAAAACGUCGUUUUUGGUCGGAUGAAUCAAUUUCCAGGCUGAAAAAAUGGAGUUUGAGGCGUGUCGUUGCCAUCAUUUCGGGGAUUCCAGUUAACAAAAUGCAACAGAGAGGAUUAUACGCAAUGAAUAUCGAAAACGAAGAUAAAUCAUCACAGUCGAGUCGAGGCCGACACAAUUCGAAAUUGAAAGUUUUGGUUCGAAGUCACGCUAUCCGUGAAGAAGCCUCCCCCCCUCGCGAAUCCUCUCCCUCUCGUUUGAUCUCUCCCAGUAUCAAAGUCAUUCCCUCGACGGAGACCUCUCCUGCCCGUUCUUCGCCUUCGGGGAAUCCCGUUGUUGUGUUGAGUCCUUCGUUGACGUCGCCGUGUCUUUCCCCUGUUUGUGUUUCGCCGACGUCGACGUUGGUGCCGUCGCCGACGAAUGCCGAUGGGAGCGACGAUAACAGUCCCAAAUACCUCAACAGACUCAAUAAACAGAAUCUUGAGAAGAAGGAAAAUGCUAGUCAAAAUAAUAGAAAAAAAUUUAUUUGUGAUUGUUCGAAUCAGAACUGCAAGUGCGCCAAAAAUCAAGAGCGCAAUUUUAAUAAUAAUCUCACGAAUAUUAAUAAUAAUGUGGUUAGUUCGAACACUUUGACGGUUAAUAGGGCGAACUCGAGGAAUAAGUUGCGACAGCAGAGCUCCUCGCAGGGGAGCUUCGAGGGGAGCUCGUCGAAUUCGCCGUGUUUGUCCAGAGACAGCAGUUCAGAGCAAUACACAGACACUUCAGGUGCCGACCUCGAGGUAUUCAUACCUGAAACUCUCAACAGAAACGCAAAAGACCGAGCGUUCAUGUUGAGAAUCGAACAAGAACUAGUCAGUCUUGCCAAAGAUAAAAUUAAAACUCAUUACAAAUUUCCACCGAUGUCGAGCUACCAACGCAUGCUGGUCCAUCGUUGCGCCGCUUACUUCGGCAUGGACCACAACAUCGAAUCGUCAGGAAAAUGCGUUGUCGUCAACAAAACGAAAAACACGAGAAUACCAGACGUUGAAUUCAAAGAGCACAUAAAAGAGGAUGUCGUCUUCAGCGAGGAACCUAGACGCUCGAUCCUCAAACGCGACUCAAACAGCAUUGAGGAUUAUAGUUUCAAGUCGCCAGAUCGGCAGUACUCCAUGGAGAACAGGAGGAGCAAGAGUUUUGAGGAGAGGGAGGAGGAGUACGCGAAAAUACGCCGACGAAUUUUCAACAAAGAACUUUUUAUUUUGCAGGAGUUGUGUCUGUUGCGUCAGAUGCAAGAUGGGGGCAGUAGUGAGGAUUUCGAGUGGGCUGAAAUCCCAUGGUCUAGCACCGAUAGCGAAAACUCGUCGAGAUUCCGCCUCCAAUUGCCCGAACAUACCCGAAGGGCCGGAAAAUUGACUAAAGUUCUCUCGGAGGAAGCCGGCGAGACUUCGCGUCCUUACGUCGCUAAAAGUUACAGUUUUGGGGGCUACGCCGGAGUCCUAAACCGCGGAGACAGCGUCGUGUCGACUCACAGUGCCGGCCCUCGUCUCCUAACCAAACAAGAUUCGGGCGCUAGUUCGGUCUCGUGGCGUCUAAGCCCUUCAAGUUCCGGUUACAAAUCCCAAUCGCAAAUGUCCGAGUCGAUAACCCCCUCCCCUACCUCCACCCCCAAUCAGAUCGUCGAGUCGAAUGAGAAAGACUCGAUUGUUUGGGCCGUCACUGAUAUACAGCGUGUUCCAAAAGGCAGUAUUAUUAUCAAUCCGCAAACUGGGGAACCAAUCAAAAACGAGGACGGCUCUUUGUACCACUACGAUCCGAAUAAUCCGCCUCCUGGGUUUGUCACUUCGAAACCGCCUCCUUCACCGAAAAAAACAUCACCACAAAGUGUAUCACCGAAAAAACGAAAUUCGAAACUUUCGCCUAAUCAUAAAUCCCACGUGACUAACAGUUCGACCAGUCCUAGUUUGCCUUACUCCCCACCACCGAAUCGAACUUUUCCAUUUAUGGGUGAUAAUAACAUGGGUGGGUAUCCAGUUUAUGGGCCUGCGUAUCCACCAUCGAGUCAUGAAACUGUACCAUUCUACCAGCAACCAUGCAUCGUGUACAACGUACCCAUCUCGCCACAUUUCGAAGGACGAAUGGAACCUCCACCAAUGAACGAAAUGGGCGGUACUUACUACGUCCCAGAUAACAACAUAACAUAUCAACCCCCACCUUCCUACUACCAACAACCAAUCACGUUCUAUCCGAACGCCCCACCUUCAAACCCGCCCCCGCCACGAUUCCCUAUCUCGUACCAAGCUCCGCCUCCUCCUCCUCCCCCAAACCCCGAUUUGGUCCCCGUCUAUCCCCCUCUUGUCUAUCCCAAUCAGGGCUACCAACCGAAUGUUGUCUACACGCAAAACCCCGUCUACUACCCACAAUACCCCCAAAAUACCUCCACCCCCAACAAUUGCACCGCCUCCGUCUCCCAUACGCAAUUCUCGAGCCACCUCCAGGAAAACAACCACCAAAAUGCUGUGAUGCAACAACUCACACAAAAUAUGUCACAAAUGAGUUUCGUACAAAAUCAGAAUCAUUCGAAUUAUAUGUUGAAUAAAAUGACUCCGCCCCAUUUUGACGUGAGACAAAAAAGCAAUAAGUUUGGGGGUCCCCCGAAAGGAUUUGUCUUGGGGUCGAGUCAAAGUAGCACCGGGACGAAUUCACCGGCGGCGACUGUAGUGGCGGGGUAUUGCCCCCCAAAUCCGGGGAUGUACAGAACGCCCCCUGAAACGCCCCCGAAUCAGUACAACUACGGGCCGGGGUUUCCCAUACCGCCGAUGCUUUUUAGACAAAUGAGCAACACGUCUGGUACCACCCGAAGUAGUCGGUCACCAACCCCCGCCGGGGAUGUGUCUCAUUUUGAUAGGCCGAGAAUAGCGCCACCUGGUGUCUACCAUGGUAUGCCUUACGUCCUUCCAUCUGAUAAUAGGGUAAUCCCCGGGAGUGGUCAACCGUACCGACAGCCGCCUCCGCCGGUAAAACAGCACACUUUCAGUCAGUCACACAAAAAUCGAAAGUCAAAGGGAAACAAAUUGUCAAGUUUACCCAACGCAAAAUAAUUCUAAAUUAAUUGUUAUAAAACCGUGGGUUUUACAUCGAUUUCGUGCUGCCCCCUUGCAAUUGUUGUAAAAUUGAGGUAAGAAGUUCCUUUUAAUUUAAGACAUCACUUAUUUAUUUCGAUGCCAUAAUGAGAUUUCGAAGGGAUUUGUUUGCCAUGAAUAAAAAAUUGCUCAAUUCGUUUCGUUAUUUCGCACAAUGUUAUUAUAUUUUUGUUAUGUUUGAAAGUCUUACCUGAGCGUGGGCCUCUUGAAUACGAAAAGACAAUCUAUUUUGUUGUAUGUGAAACUUUGUAAAUAAUGAAAAAAAAACCAUGAAGGGUCCAUUUUAGGUGUACACAUUUUUGUAUGUAUUUGGAAAAUUUGCCUGAAAUGUGUUCAACUAAAACCAACACAAGGAAACAAUAAUUGACACUUUUUUCCCUUUAAAUGUGACGACGACUGUUGUUUGUAAAUUGUAUUGAAUUUAUUAAGAAAUUUUAUAAAAACUGUUAAAUGUUUUCCUAUUUUAGGUCAACAAUUUCCGGUUUUAAGCAUGGACAGUUGAGUGAUUUUUGUGAUUCGUUUUUUAACAAAAUUUAUAGAAUCGUUUUAAGUAGAAUUGUUGAUCUAAAAUCAUUUCGAGACGGAUUUUUUACCGUUCAAGGAAUUCCAUCCAUUUCUAGUACUUUUCCAAGCUAAUUUUACACACUUCAUAAUUCAAAUUGUCAUUUUCGAGUCAAUUACAAUACGUGAGAAAAACUUUACCGAUUUAUCUGAUGUGUACUUAAUUUUCAUGUAAAAAGCAGUUUCAUUGGAAAACUGAUGACUAUGUGCUUGGGAUAUCAGAUUUCCAACGGUAAAAUGGAGAAACAAAACAUGUACAUCGUUUUAAAAUUGAUAUUUUCAAAGUAGUAUUAAUCGUUGUAGAAAAUUAGUCGUUAAUUUGUAUUUCCAACAUAGGUUUUUUAUGUUUGUAAUGAUUUUAUUUAUUAUUUGUGUUCUAAUGUGCCUCGGACACUUGUAAAUUAAAGUUAUUUCAUAAAA